AUGCUUACCGAAAUGAUCUUAAAUGGCUUGCCGGAGAAUAAGUUACCAGAAAGUGAAGACGCAACUGCUGAAGACGAUCCUGAGAAAGACGAAAUCUCAAACCGCUUUAUAAAACACUGGAUCGAGUUUAUGAAACAUAGAACUGAUGCUCAUCCCUACAGCACUGAGUCUCACGGGAUUAUUCGAUGUGGAAAAGGGGUGGAUGCAAGCCCAAAUUUAAACAAAGAGAUAUAUAAUGAACACGUCGAAAAUCAUGGUAGGCAAGUGCUCCCAAUCCCUGAAGCGUGCCUAGCAUACUUAAACGGAGUAAUAGAUAGCAAAACUUUGAAAGAUUUCCGAAAAGCCUUGAGCAGUUAUCCUGAAGCAAAUGAUGAUGAAGAACGUACUUUGCAGUUUCUGGAAGAAAUCUUGCGAGCUUGCUUGAAGUUUUAUUCGACAAGGUUGAAUAUUGAAGAUGGUGAAGCUGUUUUUGACUCCUUGUUCAUUUAUCCUUUUGUCAAAGCGGUAGCAGAUGCUAUUGCCGACGAAAGCGCUGAUUCUGGUGCAGAUUUCCGCCCUGGCGAAGCUGUACUGAAGUCUAUGUCCAACCAGUUGAAGAAGUCUGACAUCUUCAAAAAUGAUCGAUGCAGCUAUCUGGCUGAUGGUAUUGUAAAACUGUAUGGAUUGAAGGAGAUUGAAAUCCUUUUGUUAGAAACAUCAUGGCAUUUCAAUUGUACAGACAAAUCAAAGCAUAGCUUUGACCAUCAUAAGGGUGUCUUUGGCAGCCUUGCCAUGCUGAAAAACAUAGCCGAUGACUUUCGGAGACCUGCAUACGUUUUCAACAGUUAA